AAAAGGGUCCCUUUGUAAUUCCCAUUCCCUACCCUCUCUAGGUUUCCUGCGCGCGCAAGCCCUUGGUGAAGAUUUAAGCCGCCGAUAACACACUCUCUCUCUCUAGAUUCCCAACCUGGCUACGGAGAUUCUCUCUUUAGGAUUUACACACAGUCUCUCUCUCUCUCUCUCUAAACACACAAAGCAAUCAUGGCGGACGUGAUGUCGAUGGAAGACAUCAAUGCUACAGCUUCGCGACUCGGAAUCGAUAUCGCUGAAGUUGAUUUGGAUUCCAUACGCCUCCCUCCCGGUGAAGACUUCGGCAUCAUAAGUGAUGAUGAAGAUCUUAACCAAGAGGACUCUUUGGAAUUCGAUGGUGGGUUCGGUAACAUAAUCGUCGUGGAUAACAUACCUGUUGUUCCGAAGGAGAAGUUCGAAAAGCUUGAAGGUGUUAUCCGAAAAAUUUACAGUCAGAUUGGUGUGAUUAAAGAAGAUGGUCUUUGGAUGCCUGUCGAUCCUGCCACCCAGAAAACCCUAGGUUUCUGCUUUAUUGAAUAUAACACUCCACAGGAAGCUGAACUUGCUAGGGAGAAAACGAAUCUCUACAAGCUGGACAGAGCACAUAUAUUUGCUGUGAACAUGUUUGAUGACAUUGAGAAGUUUUUGAAGGUUCCGGAUGAGUGGGCCCCUCCUGAAACAAAACCAUAUACUCCAGGGGAAAAUCUACAACAUUGGCUUACUGACGAGAAAGCUAGAGAUCAGUUUGUUAUUCGUGCUGGAUCAGACACGGAGGUUUUAUGGAACGAUGCCAGGCAGUUGAAGCCUGAUCCUGUUUACAAACGUGCUUUCUGGACUGAAAGUUUUGUCCAGUGGUCCCCACUAGGGACUUACUUAGCCACAGUUCAUAGGCAGGGUGCUGCUGUGUGGGGUGGUGCCACUUCCUUUAACCGCCUUAUGCGUUAUGCUCAUCCCCAGGUAAAACUGAUUGAUUUCUCACCUGGUGAGAGAUUUUUGGUAACUUACAGCAGCCAUGAACCAAGCAAUCCUCGCGAUACUCAUAGGGUUGUGCUAAAUAUUUUUGACGUGAGAACGGGGAAAGUCAUGAGAGAUUUCAAGGGGAGCGCAGAUGAGUUUGCAAUUGGUGGAACUGGAGGUGUUACGGGGGUGUCUUGGCCUAUUUUCAGGUGGGGUGGUGGAAAAGAUGACAAGUAUUUUGCCAGAAUUGGAAAAAAUGUUAUCUCGGUCUAUGAAACAGAGACCUUCACUCUUAUUGACAAGAAAUCCAUUAAGGUUGAAAAUGUUAUGGACUUCUGUUGGUCACCUACCGAUCCUAUUCUUGCACUUUUUGUUCCUGAACUUGGUGGCGGUAACCAACCUGCUAGGGUGAGUCUUGUUCAAAUCCCAAGCAAAGAGGAGUUAAGACAGAAGAACCUCUUCAGUGUUAGUGAUUGCAAAAUGUAUUGGCAGAGCAAUGGGGACUACCUUGCGGUUAAGGUUGACCGAUACACAAAAACUAAGAAGAGCACAUACACUGGCUUUGAGCUCUUCCGAAUCAAAGAACGGGACAUACCCAUUGAAGUUCUGGAGCUUGAGAAUAAGAAUGACAAGAUUAUUGCAUUUGCAUGGGAGCCAAAGGGCCACAGAUUUGCAGUUAUCCAUGGAGAUAGCCCAAGGCCAGAUGUAAGUUUCUACUCAAUGCGAAGCGGUCAUAACACGGGUAGGGUUUCAAAGCUCACAACUCUCAAGGGCAAGCAAGCAAAUGCUCUAUACUGGUCACCUGCUGGUCGCUUCAUAAUACUGGCUGGGCUGAAGGGUUUCAAUGGACAGUUGGAGUUCUACAAUGUUGAUGAGCUUGAAACUAUGGCUACAGCUGAGCAUUUCAUGGCAACGGACAUUGAAUGGGAUCCUACUGGAAGGUAUGUUGCAACUGCAGUGACUUCAGUUCAUGAAAUGGAAAAUGGUUUCAACAUUUGGUCCUUUAAUGGCAAGCUGCUGUAUAGGAUACUGAAGGAUCAUUUCUUUCAGUUUGCAUGGCGCCCAAGGCCACCAUCAUUCUUGAGCCCUGAGAAAGAGGAAGAGAUUGCAAAGAACCUGAAAAAAUAUAGUAAGAAGUACGAGGCAGAGGACCAGGACGUAUCGAUGCUAUUGAGCGAGCAGGAUCGUGAGAAGCGGAAAAUGUUGAAGGAUGAAUGGGAGAGGUGGGUCAAUGAGUGGAAACGACUGCAUGAAGAGGAGAAAUUGGAAAGGCAGCGGCUGAGGGAUGGGGAAGCCAGCGAUGAAGAAGAAGAGUAUGAAGCAAAGGAAGUUGAAGUUGAGGAGUUGUUGGAUGUCUCAGAGGAGGUUCUGUCCUUUGACUUUGGUCAGGAGUGAGUUGUGUUCUUUAAUAAAUAUUUUUGAAGCUUUUAAGUUGAGUCCUUGAUCUGCACUAAUUAGGGACUUUAAUAUGUUUUUAGGGGUUAAAAUGUUUGUUUAUUCAUGAUUUACUGUGGUGUUUCACUAGGAAAUUUUGUUGUUUAUGCAAGCAUUACUUGAAUCAUAUUUUGCUUCUUGUGGCAA